AUGGCGGAUCUGAAAAUCUACACUGUCGGCUGGAUCUGCGCUAUUACUACUGAAUAUGUUGCCGCCCAAGCUUUCCUCGAUGAACAGCAUGCGCCCCCAGAGUCCUUACCGCCUCAAAAUAAGAACGACUACACCUUAGGCAGGAUUGGAAGACACAAUGUGGUGAUUUGCGUUGUGCCUCUAGGUGAAUACGGUAUCUCUUCAGCAGCUCGAGUUGCCGAGGACAUGUUACACAGCUUUCCCAAUGUUAGGAUCGGGCUGAUGGUCGGCAUCGGCGGCGGAGCUCCAAGCCCUCAACAUGACAUUCGCCUUGGUGAUGUGGUAGUAAGCACUCCUCUCAACGGCCGGGGCGGAGUUAUUCAGUACGACUUCGGUAAAAUGAUACAAGGCCAAGGCUUCUGUCCCACAAGGUACCUUGAUCAACCCCCUACCCUCCUUCGCGCAGCGGUCAACGGCCUUCGGGCCCAAUACGAGAUGGAGGGCCAUCAACUUGAAGAAUCCAUCCGUCACGCUCUUGAGAAGAGGCCACGACUACAGAAAAAAUACCAGAGGCCAAAUCUCGAAAGCGACCGGCUUUAUAGAAGUCAUAUCGUUCACCCACUGGACGGCAGAUCGGACUGUAAGAUGGUUUGUGGUGAUGAUUCGACCAAAUUAGUCUCACGCCAUUCACGCUUUGAGGAUGAAGACAAUCCGGUAAUUCACUACGGGUUGAUCGCAUCAGCCAAUCAGCUGAUGAAGGAUGCUCUCAUCCGUGACAGACUUGCAGCAGAAAUGGAUGUAUUGUGUUUUGAAAUGGAAGCUGCCGGGCUGAUGAAUAACUUCCCAUGCCUUGUGAUCCGCGGUAUCUGUGACUAUUCAGAUUCACACAAGCAUAAAGAAUGGCAAGGGUAUGCGGCAAUGGUCGCCUCAGCAUAUGCCAAAGACCUUCUAUACCGGAUUGUUCCUGGACAAGUAGAGAGAGAAGAGAAAAUUCUGGAAAUUCUCAAGCCAACUGUUGAGCAUAUGGCUCAAAUUAUAGAUCGCGUGGACCUUGAUUCCAUAUUCGAUAAGCUACCUGUUGUGACUGACGCCAGGUUUGACUCUUUCGACGAUCGAGAUGAAGUCCAAUGUCUCCAAGGUACUAGGACCGAGCUCCUCCAGCAGAUAAAGGGAUGGGCAAUAUCGUCGUCCCAAAAAAGCAUUUUCUGGUUACACGGAAUGGCUGGGACAGGAAAAUCUACAGUAUCUCGGACCGUGGCAAGGUUGCUUAAUGACACCAACAAUCUGGGUGGCAGUUUCUUCUUCAAGAGGGGUGAAGGGGACCGAGGGAACGCGAAGAAAUUUUUUCCGACCUUAACGAGGCAACUAAUGCUUGCAAUUUCUGAGCUGAGGUCUGGCGUGCAAAAGGCACUCGAUCACGACCCUGACAUUACGUCAAAGUCACUCAAGGAGCAGUUUGAGAAACUACUCCUUCGACCGCUGCUCGAUCUUAACCGACAACGUCAAGCCGCUGUGAUAGUGAUCGACGCUUUGGACGAAUGCGAACAUGAUCAAGAUGUCCGAAACAUCAUUCGAUUACUGCCUCUUCUACAGGAGGCUAAAUCGGUUCGUCUUCGGAUCUUCUUGACUAGCAGACCCGAACUCCCAAUCAGCCUCGGCUUUUCAGAGAUCGCGGAUCAUAGGUAUCAAAACCUAGCUCUUCAUGAGAUACCCGAAGAAGUGACAGAACGUGACAUACGUUUAUUCCUACAGGACCGAUUUGCGACAAUCAAACACGACAGAAAUUUUUCCCAAGACUGGCCCGGCGAUGACGUCAUCCAAAAAUUGGUUACGAUGUCCGUUCCACUAUUUAUUUCGGCUGCCACUAUAUGCCGUUAUAUCGAAAAUGCGAAGUGGGAACCCAAGUUACGCCUCGCAGAGCUUCUAACGGACCAAGCUAAAUAUGUAACGCGGAUGGAUAAGACAUACCUGCCAAUUCUAACGCGACUACUGGACGAUCAAGUGAGUGAUGAACCGGAGCAGCAGCAGCUCCUAAAAGAGUUCCAGGACAUAGUCGGUGUUAUCAUCCUUCUUGCUGAUCCGCUUUCUAUAAAUACCCUGUCGCUGUUUCUUGGGAUAGGAGCAGAGCAGAUCAGCAAUCGAUUGGAUUCAUUCCGCUCUGUUUUGAGCAUUCCCGGCGACCGAGAUCAGCCUGUUAGGAUUCUACAUCUAUCGUUUCGGAAUUUCUUGGUCCGGUCUAGCAGCAAGUUUUUUGUGGAUGAGCGAAGAAAGCACAGAGAAAUUGCUCACUGCUGUCUCAAAACUAUGCAAAGUCAUCUACGGAAAGAUAUCUGUAAUCUCGCAAAUCCUGGAGCGUGUAGGGCAGACAUCGACCCCCAAGACAUCCGCCAAUAUCUACCGCCGGAAUUAAAGUACUCUUGUCGCUACUGGAUACACCAUCUUGAGCAAAGUCAGGAUCUCUCUUCCGAGAUACAAGACGUGCUACUGUUUCUCCAGAAGCAUUUUCUGCACUGGCUGGAGGCGAUGAGUCUACUAGGUCUUAUAUCGGACGUGGUGGGUAUGCUUGAUCUCCUCCACACGGUUAUACCGGGCGACGACCAUUCUGUAUUGUCUAAUUUCCUACACGAUGGAAAGCGCUUUAUUCUCAAAAAUGGUCAAAUAGCCGAUGAAGCACCGUUGCAGAUUUAUUGCGCAGGAUUAGUAUUUGCACCUCGAACAGCAAUAAUUCGUAGAGAGUUCCAGUCGGAGAGUCCUAGUUGGAUAUGCCAGUUUCCGCAAGUUAACGAAAAGUGGAGUGCAGAAUUACAGGCUCUCGAGGGCCAUUCGAGCUGGGUUAGCUCGGUGGCCUUCUCGCCUAACGGCCGGCUGCUAGCGUCCGGCUCUUAUGAUGACACAGUGCGGCUCUGGGACACGGCGACGGGUGGCCUACAGCAGACUCUUCAGGGCCAUUCGAGCGGGGUUAGCUCGGUGGCUUUCUCGCCUGACGGCCGGCUGCUAGCGUCCGGCUCUCAUGAUAAGAUAGUGCGGCUCUGGGACACGGCGACGGGUGGCCUACAGCAGACUCUUCAGGGCCAUUCGAGCGGGGUUAGCUCGGUGGCUUUCUCGCCUGACGGCCGGCUGCUAGCGUCCGGCUCUCAUGAUGAGAUAGUGCGGCUCUGGGACACGGCGACGGGUGGCCUACAGCAGACUCUUCAGGGCCAUUCGAGCGGGGUUAGCUCGGUGGCUUUCUCGCCUGACGGCCGGCUGCUAGCGUCCGGCUCUCAUGAUUACACAGUGCGGCUCUGGGACACGGCGACAGGAGGCCUGCACAAGACUCUCAAGGGCCAUUGGCGCUCGGUUCUGUCGGUGGUCUUCUCGCCUGACGGCUGGCUACUGGCGUCCGGCUCUGAAGAUCGGACAGUACGGCUCUGGGAUACGGCGACGGGUGGCCUGCACCAGACUCUCAAAGGCUAUUCGGACUGGGUUCUGUCGGUGGCUUUCUCGCCUGACGGCCGGCUGCUAGCGUCCGGCUCUCAUGAUAAGACAGUGCAGCUCUGGGACAAGGCGACGGGCGGCCUGCACCAGACUCUCGAGGGCCAUUCGAGCUCGGUUCAGUCGAUGGCCUUCUCGCCUGACGGUCGGCUGCUGGCGUCCGGCUCUAGCGAUCAGACAGUGCGGCUCUGGGACACGGCGACGGGUGGCCUGCACCAGACUCUCGAGGGCCAUUCGAGCUCGGUUCAGUCGAUGGCCUUCUCGCCUGACGGUCGGCUGCUGGCGUCCGGCUCUAGCGAUCAGACAGUGCGGCUCUGGGACACGGCGACGGGUGGCCUGCACCAGACUCUCGAGGGCCAUUCGAACUCGGUUCACUCGGUGGCCUUCUCGCCCGACUGCCGGCUGCUGGUGUCCGCCUCUCAUGAUAAGACAGCGCGGCUCUGGGACACGGCGACGGGUGGCUUGCAGCAGACUCUUAAGGGUCAUUCGGACUCGGUUCUGUCGGUGGUCUUCUCGCCUGACGGCCAGCUACUGGCGUCCCGCUCUAGUGAUAAGACAGUACGGCUCUGGGACACGGCGACGGGUAGCCUGCACCAGACCCUCAAGGUCCAUUCGAGCUGGGUUAGCUCGGUGGCCUUCUCGCCUGACGGCCGGCUGCUGGCGUCCUCCUCCGGUGAUCAGACAGUGCGGCUCUGGGACACGGCGACGGGCGGCCUACUACAGACUCUUGAGGGCCAUUCGAGCUCGGUUCAGUCGGUGGCCUUUUCGCCUGACGGUCGGCUGCUGGCGUCCGGCUCUCAUGAUGACACAGUGCGGCUCUGGGACACGGCGACGGGUGGCCUGCAGCAGACUCUUAAGGGCCAUUCGGACUGGGUUAGCCGGGUGGCCUUCUCGCCCGACGGCCGGCUGCUGGCGUCCCGCUCCCGUGAUCAGACAGUGCGGCUCUGGGACACGGCGACGGGUGGCCUGCAAGAGACCUUGAACACCAAUGGAAUUGCACACUGCAUGUUCAGUCCGGGCACGAUGAUCAAGCUUCUAAUUCAACGCGUAGGAACCUGGCGAUCUUCAUUGAGCAGGGACGUUGGAUAA